AUGCGACGCAAGCUUUACUUAGACGAAAGUUUAUCCACAAAGGCGCUGUACUAUGCAUUCAACACUGGAUUCGAAUGUAUCCAGCGAUACAUGAAAGAGUGGAUCAAGAAACUUCUACUAAGUCGCAAACGAGAAGCGAAAAUUCACGCAGUUAAAGAAAUUCAGCGUAUUUUUCGAGGAUACCAAGGUCGACUGUAUUUUAAGGCAGAACACCAUCGACAACGCUGUCUUCAGGCUGCACAAGUUAUCCAGAGAAUAUAUCGAGGUCGAAUUGGUCGGAAACGCUUUGCUCGGAUUUUCCAGGCGAAAACCAGUGCAGCCUCCAAACUUCAGAAUAUUUAUCGAUCUCGACAAGCUCGAAAACUAUUUGAAAUCAGUAAAGCUGUCGCUGCUCUCAAGGCCAAAGAGCAGUAUGAUCGGUCUCUUCUAGGCAGACUGGAAGCUCGACGUAACCCGAUGGAUGAGCUUUACCGUCGAGCUAAAUUGCCCCGAGAGAAGGAAAUCUUAACGCAACUUAAGGAAAAAUACGAAGCACAUCGAACACUGGAAGAACGAGCUGUCCGCAAGCUGAAACGGGAAUGCGCCACAGUCUGGGCGAACGCAGAUGAGAUCAUCAGUAACCAGUACAAAGUCCGACGCAAACUGUAUGGAGUCACGGAGAAUGUGUAUGCGACUCAUCGAGAACUGGAACAGCGUAAAAAGCUGCAUUUAUCAUUGGAAAAAGAGGUAGCAGAGUUAAAAAGCCACGUACGAGCAUUCAAACGAGCCAUGCGGGAAGCUGUGGAGAAUAAACGGAUGCUCGAAGGCUCCGAAGUGUUCGAUCUUCUGAAGGAACAAGGACUUUAUCUCGAGCCAGAAUCCAAUAACCAACGCGACUAAAAAAAACCUUUUCAGA